AUGGCGUCUGUCCGGUCCUUCGCCUUCCAAUCCCUCUCGCGGAACCGCACCCCAUUUAUCCGCUCUCAACAACGCCGAUGGGCUCAAGUCCACGAUGUUCGCUUCCUCGCAACCCACCGCGAUCCCAACCAGGUCCUCGAUAGAUACCGAUCGAAGCUCAACCAAAAGGCCCAGCAGGAGGGCUUCGAGUCCGUCGAAUCCCUAAAACAAGCGCACCAAGAAAAGAUUGACAAGCUGCGCCGCGAAGCAUCAACAAUCCUCACCCCGGAACCCCCAAAGCCCUCCGCAAAGCCACACACACCCCCUCCGCCUCCAACUCCCCAAUCCUCCGCACAAUCACAAGUCGCCGCAGCCGCCAAAUCCGCCUCCUCAACCGGCAUCAAACCCCUCAGUUCCUUCCUAGACGUCGAGAAAGUCCGCGCCCUCCCCCCGAAGGAAAUCGAAGCUAUCUGGCGUCUCCGCCACGCCUCGAACCCGACUUCCAUAUGCGCUGUGAUUCCGGUGGAAACAUACCAGCGCAUUGUCUCCGCUGCGCGCCAGAACCCGCAGUUUAUUCUCCCGCUUCCCCGCUCCGCUUCCGAGUCGCAAGGUGCGGAGCCUAGCGCCCCCGCGGCCGAGGAGCAGGGCGGUGCGGAUAUCCAUUUCCUACAAUGGGCUUUCCACCCGCCUGCGUCGGCUCCCUCGGCCGUUAACUCGCAUACUUCGACCGUGAUCUUUACCCCGCUGGCGGCGUACAAGCUGCAUGGUGCUUAUGCGCAGCCGCAUACGACCAUCACGCACCAUCUGGACCUUGCGGAUGAGAAAGGGUUGGUUCUUAUGCACGGUCAGGUUAUGCCUGAUUCUGGGGUGUCGACAACCGAGGCUACGUGGCUGGUUAGCUGCGUGCAGCGUUUCUAUGAUUUCGGUGGCCAGGCGAGUGGGCGGAAGGGCGAGCUGCUGCGCAUGUUCACCCAGGGUGAUGUGCAGAACUUUAAGAUUGAAGAGUUGAUGGCCGAGGCGGAGAAGUUGUAG